AGCUGCUCUCUUUCUCUCUCCUUUUCAGAGAUUUUUCCUUCUUUCUUGGGUUUCCUCCAGUUUUUCUCUAUCUUUUGUGGGUUUUUUUUUCUUCUCUAGAACCAGUUUGAUUCACCUAUCUUUGGUAUUCUUCUUGAAAAUUUGCUACUUCUGUUUCCUACUUCUAUUUUGGUAUUCUUCGUGAAAAUUUCUUGUGAUAAUUUAUUCGGUUUUGUAUUGUGGGUUUUCUUCUUUUUUAUUGCUCCUAAGGACGAAAGCUGCUCUCUUUCUCUCCCCUUUUCUGAUUUUUUUUCUUUUUUCUUUCUUGGGUUUUCUUCAGAUUUUCUCUCUCUUUUCUGUUGGUUUUUCUAGACCCAGUUUGAUUCGCCUACCGUUGGUAUUCUUCUUGAAAAUUUCAUAACUAGAUAUGUACAUACAUGUUUCUUGUACGUAUGUGUACAUUUUGGAGUGGGAAUGGGCACUGAGGAAGUUUGAAUGGUGAAGUUUUCGCGUGAUUUCAUGAUCUAUUCUCUCACCGUGUUUCUUGUGUUUGGCUCUUCAAGUCUUUUGACGGACUUCGCUUUUGGGAGUCUUUUUUUCCCCCUAUUUACUUUCCAUUAUGUGAAUAAACAAAGAAAUCUGGUCUUUGUUAUCUAGGGUCAUUUCCACUGUUCACUCAGACGACCAAAGCAUUUUUAGGCGUUUUCGCCUCCUCCUCUCUCAGUCCCCUCCCUCUCUCUAAAUCUCUCACCUUUGAGAUUUUCUUUUACCCAUAUUGAUGGGUGAAAAGUUUGAUUAAUCUUUAGCAGCUAUUUUCAGUCAGUUGUGGUGGGUGGGCCUUUGGCUAUUUCACAAUCUGUUAUGCUGAGGAAGGCUAGUUGUGGAGGAGAGACAAGUAGUAGUAGUUCUUGUGGCUGUUGGGAAGACAGCAGCACAAGAAGGGGGAAGUUUAUCAUCAGAUGUUAUCCACUGAAAACCCUCCACCAUCAGCAGAUGAUUCAGAUCCCCCCACAUGUAGUACUCCUCUUCCUUGUGAAGAAAUCUCACAGCUGAUCAAAAGUGGUGGAGAUGAGAGGGCUUCUUCUGAUGAUAAGGUUCCCUUGCAAGAAGAGGUGGAUCUGUUCAAAUCUGGCCUUGAUUAUGACAACAACCCACUUCCCAAAUUCUCCAUAAGAGAUUAUGUGUUUAGCACCCGGAGCAAGGAUAUCAACACCAACUGGCCAUUUUCUCAGAAAAAUCUGCAACUUUGUUUGAAACAUGGCGUGAAGGAUUUGCUGCCUCCAUUCCAGCCUCUUGAAUCCCUAAGAAACCGGUCUAUAGAGAGAUGCACGGUAGAAACUAGUCUCAUUAACAACCUAAACAUAACUGAUUUGGAUGGGAAGCCAUCUAUCAGUCCUAGUAUGGCGAGUGAUCAUCACUUUGUGUCCACAGCGUCUGAUAAUCCCGGCUCAUGUACACAGAAUCUAGCGUUUGAUUGUGUAGAUAUUGGUUUGGAGGAAUCCAAAGGAGAGAAGAAGAGGGAUAGCGAAGUUCAAGUGACUGCAACUAGUCAAUCUCUUUGUGAGAUAGAUCCAGCUGACAAGUACAAGAGCAAAAACCAAUCUCCAGUUAAGAAGUGUAGACUGAUAGUGAAAGUGGGGAGUGGUGCUGCUGAUCCCAGCUCGAACGAAGAUCAUAUGUCAAAAAGUGUGGCGGUUUCGGAAACAAUGGCUUCGAAUGUUUGCCCGGUUUGCAAGAUCUUUUCCUCCUCUUCCAACACAACAUUGAACGCUCACAUCGAUCAGUGCCUUUCUCCUGAGUCGAAUAUGACGUGGACGCCCAAUUCUCGGGUUGUUAAGCAUAGGAUAAAGCCCAGAAAGAUGAGACUGAUGACGGAUAUCUAUGUAACAGCUCGACACUGCACGCUUGAAGAGCUUGACAGAAGAAAUGGGACGAAUUGGGCAUUGAACACUAGCUUCCCUGCUCAAGAAAAUGUGGAGGAUUGUGUUGAAGAGGAAGAGGAAGAGGAAGAGGAAGAGGAAAGAGUGGCGUCAGUGGAUUUGAAGGAGAAGGGUGAUGAAGGAGCGGUAUAUAUUGAUGCUAAUGGCACGAAAGUUCGUAUUUUGUCAAAGUUUAAUGAUGCAUCAUCAUCAGUACCGAAAAGAGAAGCAGAUAUCGGAACCCGGAAGAUUUUGAAAGGAGGUAGAGGAAGCAAAUUGGACUCAAGCUCCAAGAAAAGGCAUCAUGCCCAGAAACAUCAGAAGUACCUGGAACUUGCUCUGCAAAGCAAGCAAUUUUGCUCUUCCAAACCUCGACGUACUACUGAGGUAAAUGGAAAUGGAGAAAGAAAUUUUUCGCUGGUAGAAAAUUGCGGGAAAGCGGGAAGCCUGCCACAGCCCUUGAAAGCUCAAGAACAGAUCAAACCCAAUGGUUCAGGAACCAUGAUGAAAUGGGCAUGCUCUAAACGAACCGUUCUAUUCAAGAAGCGCAACCUUAAGGAAGACCUUCAUGACGUGGCGCAUAACUUUAGGAAGGAACAUCCAGCUGAAAGUGAUCAACCUUCUUUAGGUGAUUCUUAUGCGGGAAGAAGUUGCGUUAAAAAAACCCCAAACAUGUAUGAGAGCCCACUCUCUUCUCCUGAAAACAGAAAGAGAUUUAGGAACUCAUCGUUCAAAAUGCCCUUUAGUGAAUGCAAUGACAAACCUUGUAUGGCCGAGAAAGUUGGGUUUACCUCAUUUGGGUCUCAAACGGAAAGGUUUCUAGAAUCACCACAGCGCAGUGUGAAGCAGUUUAGAAUAGACAGCACAUCUGCAAAUGCAAGUUCCAAGGGUUUUGCAAAUAACGGAGAACAGUAUGUUCCUUAUCUUGGCAAGCAAACAGUGGAGAUAAAUGCCAAUCUUCGCUCAAAUCCCUCACGUAAUCAUCAUGUACUCUCAUCAAAAGCACCAAAGUUUUCUUCUUUAAAGAAGCACGUGUUGUCAGCCGGUCAGUCAGUUGUGACUAAAUCCAAGUGUAAGGUGAAGAUGAAGUUUACAUCCAAUAAGAAGUCUGGAAUGCGUUGUGCAGCAGAAUCCACAGAGGAGAUUAUGCCAUUGCCCUCAAUGGUGGUUGAAAAACAUGACUCUAAGAAGAAGCAUUCUGAAAAUCCAACUCACGUCCCUGGCAAUGCUUCUCUUGGCAGAAGUGGUGUUCUGAAACUCAGAAAAAAGAGGGGAGCAUUUGGUAUCUCCCACAAUGAGGACUCUAGGCCCUUGAAUUCCGCAGCCGAGUGUCACAGCCAUGAAGUAGGCAAAAAUAUAGAUUCUUCUGUUAGAGUUUGUGGCGAUAUCACGGAUACAUUUGGUGAUAGAGUGAUUUCACCUUCCUUGGGAGUGGAUCUUGGGGACAAUGCUAUGAGUUUGAGCAGAUCAUUAUCUCCAGAGUUCCACAAACUGGGGAGUCCAAGUUUGGGUGAUGAACAGGAGAUGUUUUGUGUAGAUAAAGCUGUCAACAAUUUGAUAGCUGAAAACACCGAUAUGGGGGAAGGAGGAAUGGAUUCUAAAGAUGGGCAAGGAAAUUACUUCUCUGAGGUUGAUCCUAUAUCUAUUCCCGGACCACCUGGAUCGUUCUUGCCGAGUCCUAGGGACAUGGGUUCAGAAGAUCUCCAAGGAAAUUCGUCCAUAACCACGAGCCGGGUUCACUCCUCUGAAGAUCACCAUGAUCUAGUUGAUAGAGAUUCAUCAGAUUCUCCUAUUUCUGCAACAUCAACCGUAUCCAACUCUAUGAUGGCAAGAUCCGAUUCGAAAUCUUCUGAGAGUAUGUUUACUAAAGAUGAGAUUCAUUUGGGCAUAUCUGUUGCCAGUAGCUAUGAUGCUGUUGCACAGAAUAAUACUGCCCCAGUUUUACAGGCAGCAACCAUGCUAUCAGAAAGAGCCAAUCUAAAUGAUAAGGGAUUCACCAGUUUCAGAAAUGACCAGCCGUGUUGUUGCUCACGGAAGGAGGGGAUAUCUCAGGGUGUUUCUUUAAAUUAUCAGGAGUCACAGCUUCUGAGGAGGAGGACCAUGGCGUCAGUGCCCACGGGGAAACAACCGAGUUGUGAUUCAAACAGGAGAUCACCCAACAGUUUGAACUCAAUGCCCGAAAUGAUUCCUAUGGACAAUUUCCCUGGCAUGAAGUCGGCUGUGGGUCCUGUUUCCGUAAAAGUUUCCACUGAUUCUGCUCUAAAUUGCCCAGCUUUUGGCGAUUGUGAUUCUGCUAGUCCAUCUCCAUCUGCUUCCAAUUCUAUGAUCAGGCUCAUGGGGAGAAACUUAAUGGUGGUAAACAAAGAUGAAAAUGCCUCCCAGCAAUUUAAGCCAUUAGUACCCCAGUCAGUUUCUCCCCAUCACCAUCCAAAUCAACAUUUUCAAAAGCUUUCUGGUUUUUCCUCUGGGAAUACUCAAACUGAGGACUUUCCUUCGUUUUAUCGCAUGGUGCAUCAACACCCUAACAUGGGUUUCCCACAAGCAUCAUCAUCCCCUCUUGCUUCUUCGGGCGUCCUUUUCAGCAAAAAUGUGGGUGGAUACCAUUUUCCUAAUGAUCCGUACAGAUCCUGGAAGAGAAAUGCAAAUUCUACUGCCAAAUCCAUGAAGGAGAUCAUUGUAGUUGAUGAGACUCUUCCCGCCAGGAAAGCUGAUUCAGCCGCUGAUAUUGCACCAUUUCCUGAAAACAUGAUGGAAAAUCGGGUAAGUUCAGCUGGGAUUCCUAUUCUAAUGGCUGCUAAUUACAACUCAAGGUACAUGAAUCCUUUGUAUAGUUAUCAGCCACCGGAUUAUACUCCCAACAGUGAAUCCAAAUCUCACAUGACACAAAGUGCUAGCUUUCAAAAUCCCCCUCACAGUAGAGCCAGCACAAGUUCUAGUAAUCUGAGGUCUUCAUCGUACUAUUCUCCAAGCUUUUCAUAACCACCAACUUUGCUACCGGACUGAACUUCACAACGGUGACGUUGAGAGCUGAACAUUGAGUAAUGUUGGAGACUGACUACCGGGAAAUCUGAUGUUUGGAAUCAAUAACUCAUGGCAAAAGUGCUGUGGUUUCAUCAUCAAAGCCUUCGAAAGUUCAGCAGAUGAGUUUCUCAAAUUUGGGUUGUCUUUUAUAAGAGGCUGCUAAGUUAUAUGUACUCAAAACUUAUGGUAGUUUUAAGCACUUUUUGAGGUUUCUGAUCGGGCAGUGACAAAAGCUUUCUGCAGACUAAUGUAUAAGCAAAGUUCUAAUAAGUUACUCUGAGAAACUUUUUCUCUGAUAAAUGAAGAAUGUUAUAUCUUUCCACACAA